UGGCCGCUGGCCAGUAUUGUUGUUUAAUCCAGCCACAUUAUCAUAAUCAAUUGACAGGAGUAGCGUUACAGAAAUUAAAAAUUAUUACGUAAAAAUUCUAACCUUCCAAAUAAGGGAAAAUGGCAAGUAAAGGGCUUUUAAGGAAUUUAAAUAAUUAUAGCAAGUUUUGUAACUUUUCAAGUAUAAACAGAGCUUUAUCAUCAGGCAAGAUAAUUUACAAUAAAUCACAAUCUUCUGGUGGUUCUAUUCCUAAUGUACCUGGCCUUUCUGACAAUUGUGUAAAAGUACCCAGCUCACCUGUAGGUCCUGGAGCUGCAAAAAAUACUGAGUAUAAGAAUCCAGAAUACUUCUGUUAUGAUAAAAACAGUUACUUCGAAGCUGAAGUAGAAAUGCUAGAACAUCGUUGCCCCCAACCAUCUGUGCAUGUACCAUACUAUCCUACCUCCAAAUAGAUUAAAUUUAGUUAAAGUUUAUGUUUUAGAAUAGUAAAUAAACAAAUUUAUUGAGAA